UCUAGUAAAAAGGAAAAAAAGUGAAAAAUACGGAAAAGAAAAAUGGAAAUUUCACAAACCUAUAUAACACUAUAGGCGUGCGCAUAAAACUUUCUCUAAUCAUCUUCUUCUUCUCCUAUUUCUUUUGUGUUAUUUUGUCUAAACUCUAGAAGCGAUCUUUGUGUUCUGAGAUGAAAACUCUUGCGCCAUUUUCAAGUCACCGUCUCCGUCAACGAAUCUCCACCGUCUAUCCGGCGAUGACGUUCCUAUCACCACCUUCCUUAACCUCCUCUUCCUCUUCGAUGAUAAAGUCUCGGUCAGAAGAAAACUUGAGCAAGCUCAACGAAUGCAUGGAGAACAUGGACGAGGAUGUCUCGGAGAUGUUCAUGGAAUGUCAUCAAACGGAUUUCCGCCAAGAACCCGAGCUGCUUCGUCUCCUCAGCGACUACUUCACCACAAGCAAAUCCGUCAGCGAGCUCUGCGAGUCUCUGAGAAAGUGUCUGGAGAGAGCAGAACACGAGGAGUGCUUCAUGUUAGACGAGGCGUUGCGUGACUUCGAGGAGGAGAAAAGCGGUUGCAGCGGUUUGUUAGAAGCAAGUUUCAGAAAAACCUUCCGAGACCUGAGUAAGUUGAACGACUUGUGUACUAGUUGUAACUCCGACGACGGAGAUUGUGAUGGUGAUUUUCUCAGGAAGCUUCAGAUCUGUCAUCGAGAUUUAGCCGAGAUGAUCGUGAAGCUAGAGUCGACCAUGAAGGAGAUCGAGAGGAAGCUGAGACGCGUGCGUGGCAAAAGAGCGGUGGUCACGGCGGCGAUAAUCGCUCCGGUGAUUGCCCUAGUGACGGUGAGCAAAAUCGUCGCCGGAAUAUUCGGAUCCGUUCCGGUUGGGGAGGUGGCUACGUUCGCUGCUUCCAAGUGGAAGAAGUCGACGGCGACUCUGAAACGGGAAAAGACGGCGGUGACGUCGAUGGAGGGGGCGACGAUGGUGGCUCUCAAGGAAGUGGAGAGGAUCAGUAGACUGGUGAGUAGGUUGGAGGCGGUGGAGAGGUCUAUUAGAGCAACGGCGGAGUUCGCCGUUAAGAAACGGUCGCCGGUGGCUGUAGCUAUGGGAGAGAUGGAGAGGGAAAGGAAGAGGUUGAAGUCAACGCUCGUUGACUUAGAUAGAGAGACGGGAAGGUGCGAUGGGUUCGUGGUGUUUGGACGUACAUUGGCUAAGGGCAAGAUCUUUGAGUUUCUCUCUUGUGGCGAGAAAAGCUCCAACUCCAAUCCAACUAGUUUGUUUUUGUUUUCUUAG